AUGCCUCCUUCUAUCGACGUGGCAACCGCGGCUUUUCCAUCAUUUAGAAAGGACGUGGGAAGUCAUGCCCAUGAUGAGACCAGAUCGACAACCAACCGGUUCCUGCAGGGUCCAGGGGCCAGCCUCAAGUCGAGAGAACCCUUGUACUGGCAAGUCAACGUGCCCCGGUCGCAAUGGACUGCCACAUGUCCGCCCUUUCUCCGCGACCAGUCACUCAAGAACAUGCAAUGUCUGGCGACACCCGACCAUCAGUAUCAGCGACAGAGCUGGAAGCACGUGCAGGAGAUUAUCCGGACAAAUCGAAUUGACCAGUUUCAAAGAGUCCCGAGUGAGUUGCGAAAAUAUCUAGAAUACAUCGACCGCAUCAAAGCGCAGUACGGAUCAGUCAUGCGGUUUGUGGUCACGGAGAGGCUGCGCUGGGGAAAUGGGGCUCUGGAGCAUCUGCAGCCUCGGGGUCGCCCCUUUGAGUAUGCUGAGGAUGUGCGUGUCUUAUUCAAUGAUUGGCCAUACGGUGUAGACCUGGACAUCAUUCAUCUCGUGGUUUGGACCAAAUUUGAAUUCCCCGAUGAUCCCGCCACGGGCGAUCUCACCAACGAGGCCCGUCGAGCGAUCGAGCAUUAUGUGCAGGUCACAUUUUGCUCGCACAUGGCACCUGAACAUGUGGUCUGGUUCAGGAAUUGGAAGUCCUUGAAAUCUGUGCAUGCGGUAGAACAUUUCCAUGUCAUGCUUUACCAACCAGACAUGGAAUUUGUGCGGGAGAUCACCCGAGGUGAUGUGCCACUGAUUCAACAGGUGGCGUGA